AUGGCGCCGAACCGACUUCUGGAGAGUACGACGACGGGUCGCGCGGCCCAACGGCCGGUCCCGCCGCCUCGAACAAGUCUCAACAAAAAUGGGAAAUCCGUGCAGAAAGACGGCACUGAAGAAGAAGAGGACUCCGAGGCCGGGUCCUAUCCCCAGAGUAUCGUCUUCGCCAAAAACAAAGCCAGCUCGAGUGAGGAAUGUCUCCAGAAUCCCCCGCCCUCCAGCAACUCGCCCGUCUCCUCCACCAGCACAAUCGGUGAUCUCAACCCCAUACCUCGACCAGUCCCAAAGCUACGCAACACCUUGACCCCGCCCCUUCCCCGGCCUCUGAUCCCCCCGCCGCCUCCACCACCCCGACCUUAUAAUAGACACAAGAAGUCGAUGGACAACGGCCAUGUCCAUCAACCGUCACCCCCUUCUUCAUCUCCGGAGGGAUCUUCUUUUGACCUCAGCAAACUUUCUUUAAGAUUUGCGGAUGAUGACGAGGCAGCUUCGAGGUUAAAAUUGAGGACACUUCGGGGGUCCAGGUCGGAUGAUGAAGAUGAUGAAUACCGACUCUCAGUUUUGGACACAAAUAAUGAGGCGUUUUUGGAUCCAAAUGAAACCGAUGAUGAGAUGCUUUGCUUUUGUGGAUGGGUUACGAUCUACAACUUGGAAAAGAAAAAGACAAAAAGGAAUUGGGCAUCGCUCAGAGGAGAUGACUUGGCAUUUUAUUUCGAUGAUGUGGUGAGUGUUUAUGCAAUUUUUAAAAUUUAGUAUGUGCUUUUAAUAAAAUUAAUUUCAGAGAGAUGUUCUCAACUUUGAAUGUAAAUCCGAAAACAUUUACUUUGUGGGGCUAAUCGAUGAUAAGAUCAAUGUCGUGUGUCGUCCUACUACCAAACGGAGUUCAAUUGUUUUUAGUUUUGUCCCAGAUAGUAACAUCGACUUCUGGUUGUUAUCUCUGUCAAAAGUAAGGAUUAUUUUUAUAUUGUCUAGCUUUUUAGGCCACAUGUCAGAAUCAAAAGUUUGUUCGCAAUGUAAUUACAUCCGCCACAGCCGGAGGAAAGAUUGUGUUGCAACAAGCGACAACGGAUGAGUGGAAUCUGGGUUGGGGAUUCGUUCAGAAUCGAGUGUUCAAGUAUUAUUUGCCGAUAUUGGAUUCCUUCUUCGAGAUUGACCUUCGAAGGGCCAUUAUGAUCAAAAAAGUGAAUAACAGGGACACUCCUUCUGUCUCCACAUCGAGUUCGCAGUUUGGAUCUAUUCAGAUUUCUGUUCCUGAAAGGUAAGGCGGUUAAUUAAGUAUUACGUGUGGCUUAUAUAAUAAUCACUUUUACAGUUCUAUUCGUUUUCAAUCGCUGAAUGAUCAAGCAACAGAAUCCUGGCUGGACUUUUUGUUCAGUUUAUUCAGGAAUGCCAAGGAUCUGGAUGACUACUCGUUAACCUCAGAUGGAGUGCCUGUAAUUGUAGAACGGUGUAUCGAAUACGUGUCUCUGAAUGGCCUUAAUAUUAAAGGAUUAUAUCGAAAGAAUGCUUCAUCAUCGGCCUGUCGUACUCUCCUCAAAGAUUUCAAGGAAAGUGAGUAAAUUCAUCCAAGAUAAAGUUGUUUUUAGACCCUUUUACAUUCAAAAUAAUGCGAAUGAAUGACGAAACGGCCAAUGUCGCUGCAGAUGUGAUGCGAUCUUUCUUCCGCCAACUUCCCGAGCCUUUGAUUUGUACCUCUGUACAUUCCUUGUUGUAUAAAAUAAAAAGUAAGGGAGCAGAUUUUAUUAAACCGUUUUUGGUUUAGAUGACAUCCAUGACGUCACUCAAAAGAAUAAUGCAUAUCGAUCGGUCUUAUCCCAGCUCCCAGAUGUAAAUUACAAAACAUUGCGUCGAUUACUGCAACAUCUUGUCGAAGUUUCAAAACAUUCCUCGGAGAACUUGGCCUCAACCGAAAACUUGGCCAAAGUUUUUGCUCCAACAAGUUUCCAAGUGGACGGGAAUGGUGGCGGACAAGCUGAACUGCAGGCUUUCAUGAGUAAUAUCCAGGUUCAAAUUGGUGUUAUGAUGGAUCUUCUUCUCCAUUUUGACACUGUUUUCCCUAAAACAUCCCAACAAAUAAUAGCUGAUACCAGACUCGAACAAAUUAGAACUAAUGCUAUUCCAAAGGUAAGAUAACAUCAAACUGAUUACGUUAUGUUUUAGGCAACAAGCAAUUCAAGACUUGUGUCUGUGGUCUUCAAGGACCAAAGUUUUCGAGUUCCAUCCAACUACACAAUCGGUCAUGUUCUCCAGUAUUUUAUCGAGGAAUUGAGAAAGGGGGAUCCAAACAAAGCAUAUGGAGUAUUCGAGAACCACGCUGACGGAAGGUUAAGGAGGAGGUGCAGACAGGACGAAAUCGUCGAGGACGUUUUGGUCGACAAGUGGCACAAAUUACCUGCUUUUGUGACGGAUUCUUUGUUAAUCACCGAAAUUCCGGGGGAAACUGCAGAUAAAGUAAUUUGUUGUUCCAUUGCUUUAGUUGGCUUUUUUUAUGACUAACUAUAUGAUUUCAGAAGACGAUUGCCUUCUUAUCCGACGUUUUAUUCUCUGAAGCCGGUUCCAAAAAGUUCAAGUCAUGCAGUUUCAAGAUCGAAUCCGGGGUUCGAGUUGUCUGCUUUUCUACAGUAGGUUCAUUCCGGGGUUUACCCAUAUUUUUAGCGGAUGAAAGAGCUCUACAGAUGGGAGUUGGAGGAUACAAUAUGGUUUGAAGGAUGUGAUGAACGCUCUCCUCCCACCGAUCAUGCGCUCACUUUCUUCUGCACGCGUGGGAUUCAUGAGCAUAAGCAAAAACACAAAUUCCUGGGAUUCUGCCUUGCUUUCAAGUCCAGAGAUGACCUAAAACUCUGGCUCAAUUGUGUUCGCAUCUGUCAGGGAGAACAAGAUUAG